AUGGCUGUUAUUGCUGUUGCAGGCGGUACCGGCAACGUCGGCCGUACCAUAGUUCAGGCUCUUGUUGCAACGGGCAAGCACGAAGUCAAGAUUCUCGGUCGCAAGCCCAACUCAGAGCUUGAGAUAGAGCUCGGAGCAGCCAUCAUCCCAGUUGAUUAUGUCGAUGUUGCGGCUACCACGAAGGCGCUGGAGGCUAACCAUGUCCAUACCGUCGUAUCGGCCAUCGCGAUGAUGCUGCCUGAUGGCAGCGUGCCCCCUGAAGAGGACCUUAUUCGCGCGGCCGAUGCCUCCAAGACUACCAAGAGGAUGAUUUCCAGCGGAUGGAGCAUUCCUCACUCUCCCGGGCAAAUUAAAGACCUCCCCUCAGUCGCUCCCAAGCUCAAUGCCGAGAAGGCUCUCCAGAACACAAAGGACCUCAAGUACACCAUCGUGCAUAACGGGUUCUUCCUUGACUACUGGACUUCCAAGCCGACGAACAUGACGCCGAUGACCAUGAUUGUUGACAUUGCCAAUAAGGCUGCCGCUGUGCCGGGUGACGGAAACACGCCCAUCGCCUUCACCCACACUACAGAUGUUGCGCAAUUUGUCGCCGCCCUCAUCGAGGCUGACAAGUGGGAGGCCCACUCUACGAUUGUGGGCGACAAGGUGUCCUGGAACGAGUUUGUGAAGCUGGCUGAGGCUGCACAGGGCUCCAAGUUUGAUGUCGCACAUGACUCGGUUCAAGAUCUCGAGAACGGCAAGGUGACCGAGCUCCCCGGCCACGUUCACGCCUACCAGUUCAUUCCCAAGGAGUUCCUUCAGGGACUGAGUUGUUCAUUUGGGCUUUGGUUCGCCAGCGGUGCAUUCGAUCUCACCCCAUCGCCCCUUGCUUCGAGCAUCCAGACCCUCAAGGUUAAGGAGGCGCUUGAGUAUAAGUAG